AUGACGUGCCAUGGAUUUCUCGUGAAACCGACCCCGAAAACCUUUGGACGUCAUAAAGAUCGAAGGAGAAACCGCCGUCAUCGUCAUCAAUCCACAUGUUCGGCUGCAGCUGUAGCAGCAGCUGGCUCCAUAUUGACAUCCCUCAACAUGUCUAUCUUCACAUUCCACAACCGCCUCUUGCGUUGUGUAUCCAGGUUUUUCUGUCUAGCCACCACAGCUAGCGCAACUCCUCGCCGUCGAGUCUCCAUGAAACAAGGCUACAGAAAGCUACAGAAACACGAAAAGCAGCCUCUGAGGAUACGUAAUGACAAGAAAAGGACAAUCUUUCUUGAUCUUGAUGAAACAUUGGUGCACUCAACGAUGGAACCACCAAUCCGAGUUAGUGUCGAUUUCAUGGUAAGGAUAAAGAUCGAAGGAGGAGUUAUACCGAUGUUUGUAGUGAAACGACCAGGAGUUACAGAGUUUCUUGAUAGAAUCGGUAAGAGCUAUCGCGUGGCUGUUUUCACAGCCGGGUUGCCUGAAUAUGCUUCACAGGUUUUGGAUAAAAUGGACAAGAACCGUGUGAUCUCACAACGGCUAUAUCGAGAUUCAUGCACAGAAAUAAACGGAAGAUAUGCCAAAGACUUAUCUUUGGUCGUGAAAGACCUCGGGAGUGUUUUGAUAGUUGAUGAUAACCCUUUCUCCUACUCAUUGCAGCCGGAUAACGGAGUUCCCAUUAAGCCUUUUGUGGAUGACAUGGAAGAUCAAGAACUGAUGAAGCUUGCAGAUUUCUUCGAUGGAUGUUAUCAGUACGAAGAUCUAAGGGAUGCAGCAACAGAAUUUCUAUCCAACAAGCUGAUUUGA